AUGAGAAAAUUUACUCACCACACUUCAGACUUCAGGUUCUCCCUCUGUUGUGUCUGCAGAUUGCCAGGUUGUCUGAUCUCAGAGGAAGGCUGUGCUUCUCUGGCCUCAGCUCUGACCUUUGACCCCUCCCAUCUGAGAGAGUUGGACCUGAGCUACAAUCAUCCAGGAGACUCAGGAGUGAAGCUGCUGUCGGCUGGACUGAAGGAUCCAAAGUGGAGACUGGAAACUCUCAGGGUGGAGCCUGAUGGAGUCCGAUGGUUGACACCAGGUCUGAGGAAAUAUUCCUGUCAACUCACCAUCGACACAAACACAAUGAGCAGAAAACUGAAACUGUCUGAAGACAACAGGAAGUUGACAUGUGUGGAGGAGGAUCAGUUAUAUCCUGAUCAUCCAGACAGAUUUGAGUAUCUUCACAAUGUCCUGUGUGAAACUGGUCUGACUGGUCGCUGUUACUGGGAGGUUGAGUGGAGAGGAGGGGUUGAUAUAGCAGUGAGUUACAAAAGAAUUGAGAGGAAAGUAGACAGUAGAACCUGUUGGUUUGGAGGGAAUGAUCAUUCCUGGUGUCUGAUCACCUGCGGUGAUGAUGAGUGCUAUGUGAGGCACAAUGACAUACGAACUCGUCUCCCUUCCUCCUGUUUCUCUCACAGAGUAGGUGUGUAUGUGGACUGUCCUGCUGGCAUUCUGUCCUUCUACAAAGUUUCCUCUGACUCACUGACCCACAUCUACACCUAUAAAACCACAUUCACUGAACCUCUCUAUGCUGGGUUUGGGUUCUGGUCCAAACUUUUUGAUGGGGUCAGGACAUUAAGGUUUAAUUCUUCACUGGUUCUGUACUGAGUUGAGUCUAAAUAUUUUCCUCCUGUCAGAGAAACUCUCUCUGUUGAACAGUUUAGUCUCUACAUGUUUGUCUCUUUCACUCAGAAACAUUUUCAGAUUCAUGGAUUCAGUUUUUCUGUUUGAAACUCUAAAUGAUUCCUUGGGAACUUUUUCCUCUUUAAGUCCUUGAUGCUGCAGAUACUUGGUGAAUAUUCUAAUACAAGAUUCAAAUAAAUCAUGCAGCUGUUUUCAGAUGUCUGUUCAUUAUCACCUUAUGUAUAAUAAUGUUGAUAAACUGAUUGUUGGCUCUAGUGGCCUUUAUUUGAAAGUAGUUCGACAGGAAAGAGGGUAAUGAGAGGGGAAGACGUGUAGCGGGUUGAGAAACAGUAAAAAAAAAUUAAUACACCCCCUAUUUUUGAAUCAGGAUUGGUCUUAUCUUUCUUGUCUUUUGUCUUCCGUUUUUUCUUAAGUACUGUAUAUAGACGUGUUUGUUGUGUGCAGGUAUCUUGCCAGAGGGGGCGCUCUCGUGCCGCUGUGGGUCUAACAGGGAGAAUGAGUUUCCUGGCUCUGCGCAUGUGCAGCUCAGAGUGAACGAGCUCUUGCCAGAGUAACAUUUGUAUCAACUUGCUUCCUCUGUGUUUCACAGAUCUUGGUUACACAGGAUUCAUCUGCACCACUUGGUACUGGCGCUUUGCCCCUGUGCCACCACAGCACCCCUUAAAAUGAUUAACAGCGUUGUUUCAGACUACAUAAAAUCUGAAAAGUCAUUUGUAUUUAUUGACUAACUUAGACAUGGAAGUUAAAAUAAUCUCACAUCCUGAUGGAUAUAAAUUGGAUAUGGACAGUUUCACAUUUCAUGUCCAACAACGUUUUGCUUUAUGCAUUUGAUCAACAUGUGAACAUCAGAUUCACAAUAUUCAUAAAAAUCUGUUCACUAAUUAUCAAUCCAUUUAGAGAGUCACUCAGUUUGGAUAAAAUUUAUCAUCAGUUCUGUCUUGAGAAGUUGCUUAUCUUCGAUUCAAACUCUAAAUCUUCACCUUGUGUGUUUACUGCAGCUCCACUUCAUGAGUUUUAGUAAGAAAUAAACAUUUAUCUUUUGUUUUUGACUCAUUUGAUGCUCAUUCAUUUUGUUUCUCUGUUGAAAUGUUAAUAUUUCAUUAAAAUGCUGCUUUCAGUACAACAGACUGGUUUUAUAUCACAGUGACUUUAAAAGAAAAACUCAUUUUACAGUAAAUCAUUUCCAUUUUCUUUCUGAGAUGUUUUGAAAUGAGAUUUAUCUUCAGUUGAAUAAAGAAUCACCAGAAACGAAUGAAAGAAAAGUCGACAGCCACAGUUUCUGGACUAAAUUCAGCUUCUUUACUUCCAAACUGCUGACUUGGACAGACUGAAGUUUUUCAUUUUCUUGUUAAACACAUGCAGCAACAAACAACAACAGAACAACAGGAAACAUUUCCACAUGAGAGCUUCUUCCGAUUCUGGCCUUUUAUUUUUACACAGAGCUGCAGCAACCGCAGCGUCCUGCUGCUCCACUUAAAGGGACAGUCCCACAUUUUCAGCUUCAGGGAGCUGUUAGCGUAGCUUAGCACAAAGACUGGAAGUGGAGGGAAACCGUUAGCAGGGCUGCAGAAACAGAUUUCUGUUCUGGGAUCAGAACCUUCUGGAGUGUUUAGAGAUUUGAUCUGGUAAACGGAGCAGAACCAGGAUGAAAGGUCCAACAUUCCUGAUGGUUUCACUGGAGCUCCAGGGUCUGUGGUGGUCAAACUGGAGGCUGGAGGACCCAGAGAGGACGCAGGUCAUGUGACCACAUCACAAAUCAAACAUCCAUCCAUCAGAGGGGAGCAGAUGGCUCCAGGCAGCAGUUCCUCUGAAGUUCAACUCAUUUCUGACUUGGUGAUGAAAACCUGCAGGAUUCUUUGAUCUGAUUGGUUCUCAAACUCUGUCACUUCCUGUGUUGAUCAGAUAGUGGGUGGAGCUUCGUCUGAAGCCCCGCCCCUAUGUGUCUGACUGAGAAACUGGACGGCAGACCUGGACUCCAGAGCUCUCAGGCGAAGCUCAGCGUUAAACUUUGAUUUUUCUGAAUCGGUCCAGAAAGAAGCUGCUGGGAGAUGAAGAUCAAUUCCUGGAUGGCAGGAGAAACAAA